UGAGCUCACCUCCUCUCUGCGUAUUUAAGCGUUUCUCUCACUGUGUCCCCGAGCUGACAUGAACAUCUUCACUAAGGUCCCAGGAUUAGCCCAACAAACCAGCAAGCUGGGGUCUGUGCUCCAACGCGCCUUUUACGGGUCCAGUGGGCGGGUGACCCUGUUCGAGCAGAGGAACUUCGCCGGCAGGAGACUGGACCUGAGUUCUGACUGCGCCCGACUCAGUGACAAGAACUUCCCUGAGAGAUGCAACUCUGUGCAGGUGGAGAGCGGAGCCUGGAUCGGUUAUGAGCAUGAGAACUUCCGGGGCCGUCAGUACCUGUGGGACAUGUCUGAACGAGGAGAGUACAACUGCUACGACAAGUGGUGCGCCCAGGUGGACCACGUGUCCUCGGUGCGCUCCGUCAAACAGGACACCAACCCAGCCAAAGCUCACCUGUUUGAGAGAGCUGGUUACUCCGGUAAGAAGAUGGAGAUCCAGGACGACAUCCCCAACCUGAUGAGCCGCUACAGCCUCAACAGAGUCGCCUCCAUCCGCGUCCUGGGAGGAGCGUGGGUGGUGUACCAGGAGCCAAACUACAGAGGGCCUCACUACAUCCUGGAGAAACGUGAUUACAACAACUUCUCUGACUGGGGCAGCCAGAACAACACGGUGGGCUCCAUGCGCCGCGUCCGCUUCACCUGAGCAUCAGUUCCAUCUUCAUCUUCAUCUUCAUCAUCAUCCUCAUCGUGAUGCUGUGAACACGACUUCCACACAUCAUGACCCCGUCAGCUCUACACACAAUAAAACUUAUUUUAGUAAUAAACCUUCAAAAGACAAA